ACGGUGAGGACUCAUCCUUUGUAGGGUGUGUUGUCCUUCAUUUAAACCGACAACUGAUCCCCUUUAAAAAAAAAUUGAUUACAAAGGAAGAAACAGUGCACCGUCAAAACCGCUUACCAGGCUCUUCAUCGGGAUGCUUGGGAUCCAACAAAUAAUGAUUGGAAUUUGGCUUGGCAAGAUGGUCCCCAACGCAUCAAGAACUUCAUUUGGCUUAUCUUAUGGAAUUGGCUUUUGAACAAUGUGGAGAGAACUAGACGAAGCUUAUCGGGGGAUCUUUCUUGUACGAUUUGUGGAGGUCACGAUGAAAAUAUCCUUCACGUUCUCCGGAAAUGCUCAAGCACUAGAACCACUUGGAAGCAAAUCCUUCCGAGACAUUGAAAAGGGAGUUUUCUCACCCUUUCCCUUUUUGAUUGGAUUAAAUCGAACCUUAAUGAUAAAGAUUGUACUGGAGCCACCUAUAUGUGGGCAUAUGUUCGGGGUAAUGCUUUGGAAGAUUUGGAAGCACCGAUGCACGCUCAUAUUCAACGGAGAAAGCUGGUCGUCGGAGGCGAUUAUUCAAAGUGCCCAUGUUUGGGCUAUCUCUAUCGCUUCUAGAUCGGUGAACGGUGGCCCUCAUACCGUUCGCCCGACCAAUAAGCAAACCAGGAGACCUCCUGCUCUGGCGUUCUCAUGGCUCAACACCGGUGGAGCAGUUAAUCAAAGGACCAUGAGGGCAGCUAGCGGAGGCAUCCUCCGAAACCACGAAGGUAGCUUGGAAGCAGGGAGUUAACCGGUUAAUGGUGGAAAUGGGCAACGCGGAAGCCAUCAAGCUUGUUACCCUCCGAAACCAAGGGCAAGAUCCAAUGAUUGUUCGGAGGAUUCGGAAGCUGCUACAAAACAAUUGGACGGUCGAAUUUAAGCUAAUCUCCCUGGAAGCUAACAGUGCGGCUGCUGCCCUCACUCCCUAUGAAUAUACGAUGCAAGGUGGCUAUGCUGAGUUACAGAACCCACCAGAGGUUGUUAACUCGAUUGUUCGAAGUGAGAUGCAGUCUAAGGAUAG